AUCCGAUACUCGAAGCCGAAGCGAAAUGCGCCGCGUAUUCCAUCCGUAGUUGUCCACCUUGACUCGAAAGUACUCGCACGUAUCUAUAUGUGUUCGCUUUAUAUUACAAUCGAUCUAUAUAGCACGAGACAUUAAAGGAAGCAAUGGCGUAACAAAAUUUAUAAUCCCAGUUAUUCGUCGAUACGUUCUGUAACUGAUAAAUUGUUACGACGAGUACAUCGUGCAAAAGUAUUAACUUUUAAUUGUAAAUAAGGAAGAAUUUUCGUAGUUAAUCCAAACGUCAUAAAGGAUUAACGACCUCAUUGCAAGGUAGCAGGUCGUCAUGGAGAUAAAUGACUUCACUGGGAAUCAGCUAGCGAUCAUCGUCGAGGAUAAAGUGAGUUUGAUCAACCACCGUUUCUCGGAGAGAGCGGAACGCGAUGUGCCUUCAGAAUCGGAAGUCCGAAAGGAUAUUCGGCAACCGCCGCAAUGCGGUGUUUAGGUUUAGGACGGAGUUGUUACGCCACUGGUCGCGAGGGGGGACGCCGUGUGUAAGUACUUAAAUACGUAUGCAUGUACGUGUAGGCGCGUACGCGUGUAUUUACGGUCGUGGCGUAUCGCGUAUCGAGUCGCCGUCGCCGCCGCCGCGCCGCCAUUCGAGCGGUUUUAGCGCCUGCGUACAUCUUGUUUACAACUGCGGAGAGCUUAUACCAUACACAUGACCUUUACAAGAUGGACAUGAGCGCCUAUUUAGCUGUCUAGGCGUGCGACGACGGUCGGGAAAACAGAAGUGUUUUCGCGGAAAUACGCGGCCGCGCGUUCGUCGUCGGGUUUCUCGUUUUUCGCGUCCGCCGCGGAAGCAAAGGCGGAGAGGUGAAGACGGUCCGCGUGUACGUAUACGUCGUGGUGAUCUGUUAACUGCGUUAUCGGGAGAAGAGAAAGAAGAAAGAACCAAGUUCGCGAUUAAACGGAUGAGUGACGCGGUAUUUGUCGUACGGCACACGCGGCCCGCGAACCAAACGAGAGAGUAGAGGGAUGUUGGAUAGAAGGAGAGCCAAAUAUAUUUUUCACCCCGGGAUGCGAUCGACGUGAACGGAUCGAGGGUCAGCGUGCGGGGACACCUCGUGCACGCUGCCACGGUGUUGUUAACCGCCCCAUGCGCGUCGGUGAACCUUCGUCAUCGUGUUUCCGCGAAGUAGAAUACACGCAUACACGCGCGCAUACAUACGUGGAAGAAAAGAAAGGAAGGAAGGAGAAGGGGUGUGGGAAGAGGAGAACGCGUUCUCUCACAUCGACCUGGAAUGUUGUUUUCAUGUGCCUACCACCUAUUGCGCAUGAAAAAAUCGUUCCGCCCUUGACAAUAGCCUAUUUAGACGGAAACCAGGCCGCGUUCGUAAAGCGCUUUCGCCAACGGUGAUAACGGGGGUUCAACCACCCACCUGCAACGCGUCCCUCUCUUUUUUUCCUCGACGUUACAUUUCCUCCUGGCCGUACCUACUCGUGAACGAGCGGGAGCGCGCGCGCGUUCUCGCUCGCCUGUACGUGCGUGUGCGAUACACGUGAACGUCCGCUGCGCGCGUGUGGUCGCCGUCGUAUACACACGAACGCGUUACUCCAGUGUGUAAGUGCAUACCCGCCAACCAUUGUGGACCACGCAGUAAAUCGUAUUAUUCAACGUUACGCGAUAAACAGGUGCACGAGCCUCGUCUCCGAUGUUUUCGAACUUCCUCGGAGUCUGGUAACAAACCUGAUCGUGAAUGGGAACCUUACGAUGUUACCCUCGAUAUUCGGGAGUGCGUGCGAUUCAAAGUAAUUGGUUAACCACGCGAUUCAGGGCGGACGAAGUUUACGAUAACUGCGUGACAGGUGGAAUUCGGGAGGAAGACCGCCUUCGUGGCAAGUUAAAUAUCUGCACUCGACGGAUUCUUCAUGGGAAUUAAUGGAGACGCGAGUGUUUAUCCUUUCCUGGCUUUCUAACCUCGGAGCAACGUGGGUGAUCGAUGACACGGAUUCUUUGUUAGCGUAGAAGGACCUUCGAGAAAGAUUGGCACCGAAAACCACGGGAUGAGCUAAUCGUUUUUGGAACGAUGUUUCCUUGAAACGAUAUACGAGGAAAGCCGGCGCCGUGGGAUUUCCCAGUUUUCCAGUUUCGAAGCAACGCGGUUGAUCGAUGACACAGAUUCUCUCCAUGCGACGCCUUUGACUCCGUCGUGGGGGUAGCGUGUCAUUGCUUAUUUACCCCCGACACGUGGUUCGGCCGUCAUCAACGAUAUCGACGUCCACCGAUUCACAAUAAUCUUCGAUUCGAAUUCAACUUGGAACGCGGGAUGGAACGGAACGGCCGUUGAAAUAAUCGAGGGGAAUGGGAAGGCGAAACAAUGAACUAUCGCGGCAACGUGUUCGCGUACUGCGCGUCGCGAAUUGAUCGUUUUUUGUUGAGAAGAUGAAUUGAAAUGUCGAGUGAAACCGCGCACACCCGAAUUCGAAAACGUUGCAUUACGAGCUGUAAUCGGACGGGUAUCAUGUGAUUGUAACUGAUAUCACAAGAUUCGACUAUGUCUUCCGGCAGGGGUUUGGUCUCCCCAUCGGGAGGUCCCGUUGUCUUGUGCGGUCACGUGAAGAAACUGAAAACGCAGAAGAAAAAAUUCUUCGUUCUGCGCGGUGAGGCGCCCGGGUUCCCCGCGUGCCUCGAGUACUACGACAGUAAGAAGAAGUACGAGAACAAGCAGCCGCCGAAACGGAGCAUACUGCUCGACAGUUGUUUCAACAUCAACAAACGCGUCGACACCAAGCACAAGCACGUUAUCGCGCUGUACACAAAGGACGAGUGUUUCUGCUUGAUUCUCGAGAGCGAGAAGGAAUUGGACGAAUGGCUGAAGGCGAUGCUUUUGCUCCAGAGCGGGGACGUGGCCGACGGGGAGCAACCUCGACCUAUUUUCGAACACGUGUGGCAGGUCACGAUGCAAAAGAAGGGAUUGGGAGAACGGAGGAACAUUCACGGACCCUAUCGUCUAUGUUUAACCGAUCGUACGCUGAGCCUAGUAAAAAUUGGUGCGAAGGAUAAUUCAGAUUCCACAGAAUUUCCUCUAAUUUGCAUCAGACGAUGUGGGUACAUGGAUCGGAUUUUCUACAUGGAGGUUGGCCGUUCCGCGGUAACCGGCGGCGGCGAACUCUGGAUGGAGGCGGAGGACAACAACAUCGCACACAACAUGCACGCAGCUAUAAUGAACGCCAUGAGCAACUCCAGCAGCAAUAGCAACAAGGAUGACGUAGGACCUCGUCAGAGAAUGCGAAGUUCGUCCGCUACCGAGGCCAGCAAGCCGAUCUUCGUUCUCCAGCAUCGUCAUGCUGGACAAAAAUUCCAUAAUUCGCCAUUGGAGGAGCACAGGACGCAAGAGGAGCGGGUGGAUCCAGUACGGGAACGGGAAGAGCAGUCUAAUCAGACUCACAGUACCUCUUCUUCCGUUACGGCCACGGCUGCUGGUGGUACCAGGUCUGGGACUGCUGGAAUGAUUGCCUCGACUACUACUAAUAACAACUGUGCCACUACCACUAGACGUCGUCAUUCGGUAGCGAGUCAUCCCCAUUCCGUCAAUAAUUCCCAAACCGUUCACAACGUCACGACAACGAUAAGCACAAGUACAACAGCCACCACCACCACCACUAGCACCACUAUUACCGUCACAACGACCGCUACCGUGACCACCACCACAACCACAACCGCGACAAUAUCCCAUCAGAGAACCUUGUCGCUGCCCUUAGCUGCCGUUCUUAUCAAUCAAAUACAGUCAUCUAAACGAUCGGUUUUACGCUGCGCGAACGGACGCGACAGAUGCGAUAGUUUACCCUCGAGGGCUCGCACCACCAGCGAGAGUCAUCCCUCGUCGAUAUUGAGUCAUCCGAGGAGCACGCACUUCGUCUCCGCGCUGAGACCGCACUCCAUGUACGCCCGAGGUCUUUCCUACUCGCCGCCGGUCACCUCGACGCCCAUGAGCCCUACCUCCGGUGCCUAUUCUACGGACUCAGCCGGUUCCUCUCUUUCCAUGGACGACGGCGGCGAGAACGCGCUGGAGGAAGGAACCAUAUCGCGUUACGGACACUCAUUAACACCCGAAGAGCCUGUCAUACUGGAGGAGAAUGGCGACGACUAUGCGCCCUGGUCGAUAUCACGUUUGUCGCAUCAGAAGUACUCGCCGAAUUUUAAGUCGCAUUCUCCUUCGCAGCAAAGUUCCUACAUGGAGAUGUGCAGCCCGUGCGGAUCGAGUCCGGGCCGAAGCGGAGCCUACAUGCCGAUGAACUCGGGUACGGGUCACUCGCAUUCCCGAGCCUCCUCCCUCAUCGAGGAAUCCAACACCUUGUCCGAAGGUUACGUACCUAUGGCGCCUAUUGGAAACAACGGAUACGUGGAUAUGGACCCCUCCCAUAACCACAACGGACACUUCCCCGACGACCUCUCCCACGGUGGCAGUAGCUGCUCCGUCACUUCCGGUACACCCAGCACAGAUUUACGUUUCUCUGAAUAUCACCUGGACAAGGUGAUGAGUUACCUACCGCCUGGAGAGGAUCUGCAAGCUCGACCCGCGAGAGCUUACUCAAUUGGGUCUCGGCCGGAACCCGUCAACAGGCAUCGCAAGAACAGAUUGGAUAUCGCUCAGAAAGAAGCCAGUAGGGUGCGAGCGUUCUCCGUUGGUAGCAGAUCAAAGAGGCCUGAUAUCGGUAGAUUAGCAAACGUGAUGGCCAAUCCGUUACCCGUUGAAAGCUCGAGUGGCAACAAGUCGAACUCGGCUCCUUUACUAUCGAGCUCUUGGGGCCACAAUUCGGGUUGCUCCGUGAACUCGGAACGAAUGGAGGAUCUGAUGGAGUUGGACUUUACGAAGCCUAAUAUCUUCAAUUCCCCAUUGUCGUCUUAUUCCCAGUCGCAAUCGCACUCGUACUCUACUGCCACCGACACCAGUUCCUACGUUGACAUGUCGCCGGGGCAACCUCCGUCGUCGACCACUGCCGGUUACGUCGACAUGAGCCGCAUUAAUAAGAUCAAUCGUAACAACAAUAACAAUACGAUCACUGCCAAUCAGAAUCAUAGUCAUGCUCACGUCUCGUCCUCGUCCUCCGCCGCUUCCGCGCAUAAACCCGUGAUUACGACCUUGAAACCGGUGGAGGAGGCGGAAGGUUCUUACAUGAGAAUGGACGGGGUGAUAGAGGAUUGGUCGCAAUCCGACCCGAGCCCCAAGCAAAUAUCCUCGCCGAUGCAAGAGGAGUGUGUGCAAUCGAACGGACCGCCAGGAGCCACGAGAACAGCCCCGGUGGAUCUCCCGCGACGACCGCCGCCCGACUACGUCGACAUGAAUUUCAAGUCACGAACGAGCCUAGAACAAGAUUACAUAAACAUGAACAUGAGCCACCGGAAUAACCGGAAAAUAGUCACGCGGACCGAUAGUCGAAAAGAGAAAUUGCGCUCGCAACCCAUCGCGAUCCAUGCCGGAAACAAGCCAAUAAAGGCUCCCAGUUUCCUACCGCUGAACGGGAGCCCGGAAUCUGAGAGUCUGGCGAGCACGCCGGCAUCUCCUCCACGAGCGACUCCCACGGGCUCCUCCGCGACCAUCUUCCCGUUCUCCUUAAACAGUCCGCAAUCACCCGAAAAAUCCUUUACCCAUCAGAACAACGCUGAAUCCUCUGAAUCAAAAGUCGGCAACAAUCAUAUCUUGGAUUCCACGAAUAGAGCCAACCCGAUUAGUUCUAACGCGUUAACAGAGUCGAGGACCGCGAAAUUGAUCAACGAUAGACCGUCUAGUCCCGGGAAGGAUAAUCAAGUCAACCGGUUAAUAUCCAAUAACUCUUUAGCCUCGCCAGAUAGCCUUUUAAACGCGGUCACGAAGAAAUUCGCCGACUUGAGCUUGUCGAAACCGCGAUUAAUCACCGCGUCUCCGAAUACCAGUCCUACUUUAUCCGGUUUCAAGCCAGCUACCCUAGAGAAACGAUCGGUGUCACCAAAAUUAGAGGAGACGCCUACCCCGACGCCAACCGCCACUCCUAGCCCGUUAGAAAAAGAGUCCAACGUGGAAGCGUUGCAUUACGCCAGCCUCGAUCUACCCGAGUUCGGGAACACCGCACCGGUGUCACCGGCUUCGCAAGAAGGCUUCAAUUACGCCGAGAUCGAUUUUGCGAAGCUUAAACAGAAUUGAAUAUCCCAUUUCGAAUUAAUGUUGGGCAUCGAAUAAUCAGUACCCGAUGAGAAAUCAAGUCGAAUUGGAAAUAAGUGACAGAUUUUGUUCUGAUAUUAAAACUUGAACGUUAAAGCAACCAAGAUGCAUACAUCUAUGCAUAUGAAAUUUUAUUGGACGAGGAAGGAUAUAUUCUUUUAAAUAUAAAUUUGCUUGACGUGAUACAUUAUCUUACGGACGAUUCUUCAAUGACGUUAACGUGAACGGAUUCACUUCGCAAGCGCUUGGGAAUUUAAUUAUCGGAUCCGGUGCGAUGAGCGAUCGCAAUGAUACAUGUGUACAUCGCGCGUUCUAUUUGGCCUAAUCGACGAAUCGUUCUAACAUUGGUCGGACCUUGCCAACGAAAGUUCUAGCCAAAUACGAGACACGAUAUUUUAUUGCGAUGAAGAUCGUUUUUAAUCUUUUUAUAAGAACGCCUUUUCCUCUUUUAUGGAUCACAAUAAUGAUUUUCAUGAAUAGAGAAUAAUCCCUGAGUCAUUAUUUUGUUUAAACCAUGAAACGUCGUUCGCCAAUGUUGGUCCGACAGAAAAUGUUCAAGAAGAACAACAACUACGUAUCAAAGAUAAACGCGUCAUUCGCAAAUUACAUGAACGUUCUAUAUAUUAAGCUUCUCCUCGUAUCAAUUUAUAAAUAGGCCGUGAAACUGCGCGUACAUCAAAUUUUCUAAUAGUACAAUCGACGUUAUGUAUUUUAUUUCCCAUGUACUACAGUCGUUUAAUCUUGGACGUACACUUUAUACAUAUUUUUUACAAUGCGUUUUACUUGCAUUUUGUAAAUUCAAGUCCCAUUUGUAAACGCAAAGAAUUUCGCGGUCUAAUCGAUGAAUUACCUUGAUACAUCUCACUAUAAUUUGUUAUCACGCUGUUGUAAAUAUAAUUAAUGCAUGCGCGCGUAUCCGAAGGUACGCAGACACGGUCACACUGAUUCGCAUUUACAGGGUAUACUGUAAAGGAUACGAAACUAGAACGAGAAAGUUCGACGAUUAAAAACUAAUUAAUUGAUAGAUCAGUCUUGAAACGAAGAUUGUUGCUGAGAAUGUUCCUCGGCGAUAUAUCAGUUCGAUUUUAAAACGGUAUAACAGUUUUCCUCGCAUAAAUUUUAAGUAUAAUUAGAGCCUCGGUCGUGAAUUAUAAUCAUAUCGUGUAUAUAUACAUACUUAAUACGCGUUACCUAAUUAAUACGAGUUAAGCGGUAAAAAGAGUCUCUUCCUAAUUACUUUCAAUGUCGUUGUCUUUUCCUUUUUAAUCUUUAUAUAAUAUGAGCAGGACGAAGUAUUAAUAAAGUGUGCGUAAUAUUCGUGUCCACAUGCUUUAUCUAUAUUUAUAUACAAUGCAUAUUAUACGGAGUUAAAAUAAUUGAAAGUACCAUUCAGAGACUUUUUUUAUUGUACGUGCGCGCGAAGAGAUACUGAAUCGAGAAGUUCUGUCCUCGCCUACUUUCUUUUUGAGAAAAGGAAAUCGUUUCUUUUUACUAGCUCUCGUUUUCUUAUCAAUAAAUUUCGUUUCAAUUUUAA